UCAAAGUUAUACCUACUAGGACUUGUUAAAUUUUGUGAGAAAAAAAAUAUGAAAUUCAAGCUGUUUAUUUUCCUAGCUCUUUUCUUCGCACUUUUUUUCAUCUCCUCGCCUGCAAUAGCUGAAGUAUCCAAAGAUGAAACCAAUAAAGAGAUAGUGGCUGAGCAGUUCAAUCACCAGCCAAACGAGGUGAAGGACCUAGGAAAUGGUAGUGGAGGACAUGGCGGAGGACAAGGCGGCAGUGGUGGACAUGGUGGAGGACAAGGUGGUAGUGGUGGUGGAAGUGGAGGACACGCUGGUAGUGGCGGUGGAAGUGGUGGCGGAGGCGGAGGACAGGGUGGUAGUGGUGGCGGAGGACAUGGCGGUAGUGGCGGCGGUAGUGGUGGACAUGGUGGAGGACAAGGCGGUAGUGGCGGUGGUGGCAGAGGACAUGGUGGCAGUGGCGGACAUGGUGGUGGUAGUAGUGGUGGCGGUAGUGGUGGGCAUGGUGGAGGACAAGGAGGUAGUGGCGGUGGUGGCGGAGGUCAUGGUGGUAGCGGUGGCGGCAGUGGUGGGCAUGGUGGAGGACAAGGCGGUAGUGGUGGUGGUGGUAGUAGCGGUGGCGGUAGUGGCGGGCAUGGUGGAGGGCAAGGAGGUAGUGGUGGUGGUGGCGGAGGUCAUGGUGGUAGCGGUGGCGGCAGUGGUAGGCAUGGUGGAGGACAAGGCGGUAGUGGUGGUGGUGGUGGAGGACAUGGUGGCAGUGGCGGACAUGGUGGUGGUAGUAGUGGUGGCGGUAGUGGCGGUGGUGGCGGAGGACAUGGUGGCAGUGGCGGACAUGGUGGUGGUAGUAGUGGUGGCGGUAGUGGUGGGCAUGGUGGAGGACAAGGAGGUAGUGGUGGUGGUGGCGGAGGUCAUGGUGGUAGCGGUGGCGGCAGUGGUGGGCAUGGUGGAGGGCAGGGAGGUAGUGGUGGUGGUGGCGGAGGACAUGGUGGUAGUGGUGGAGGCAGUGGUGGGCAUGGUGGAGGACAGAGAGGCAGUGGCGGUGGUGGGGGAGGGCACGGCGGCAGUGGUAGUGGUGGAUAUGGUGGAGGACAGGGUGGUGGUAGUGGUGGACAUGGUGGAGGACACGGAGGUAGUGGUGGUGGCAGCGGCGGACAUGGCGGUAGUGGCGGGCAUGGUGGAGGAAAAGGCGGCGGAGGACAUGGCGGUAGUGGUGGAGGUAGUGGUGGACAUGGUGGAGGACAGGGAGGCAGUAGCGGCGGCAGCGGAGGACAGGGUGGUAGUGGCAGUGGCGGAUAUGGUGGAGGACAGGGUGGUGGUAGUGGUGGACAUGGUGGAGGACAUGGAGGUAGUGGUGGUGGUAGUGGAGGACAUGGCGGUGGUGGUGGGGGUAGUGGUGGCGGCAGUGGCAGACAUGGUGGAGGACAAGGUGGUGGUAGUGGUGGAUAUGGUGGAGGACACGAAGGUAGUGGUGGCGGCAGCAAGGGACAUGGUGGAGGACAAGGUGGUAGUGGUGGUGGCAGUGGAAGACACGGUGGUAGUGGUGGCGGUAGUGGUGGAUAUGGUGGAGGACAAGGCGGUAGUGGUGGUGGUAGUGGUAGUGGAGGACAUGGCGGUAGUGGCGGGCAUGGUGGAGGAAAAGGAGGCAGUGGUGGCGGUGGAGGAGGACAUGGUGGCAGUGGUGGACAUGGAGAUAGUGGUGGUAGUAGUGGGGGAUAUGGCGGAGGACAAGGCGGUAGUGGUGACAACAACGGAUAUGGUGGAGAACAGGGUAGUGGUAAUGACAAAUAUAAUGGUGGUCGUCGUGGCAACCCUAGCGGCAAUGCAUAUAAUGAAGUUAAUCCAUGAUAAAAGUUAUAUGAAGAAAAAUAUAAAUAUAAAAAAAAUUAUACAUAUGAAGAAAUGUUUUAUUGUGUAAUAAAAUAAUAUGUAUUAUGUACUACCUUUAAUCUAAUUUCGAGUUUUCUCUUA